AUGUCGCUCCGCGCCGUGGAGUAUGAGGUGCACGGAAUAGUCCAAGGGGUUUGGUUUCGCGCGCACACCCAGGACAAGGCGCGGCAGCUGGGGGUGGUGGGCUGGGUGAUGAACACGUCGCAGGGGACGGUGAAGGGCGAGGUGCAGGGGCGGGACGCGGCUGUGGAGGAGAUGAAGGACUGGCUGGCCACCAAGGGUUCCCCCCACUCUGUGAUCGAGCGAUGCGAGUUUAGGAAUGAGCGGGAGCUGGAGGCGCUAGAGUACAGCAGCUUCUCCACAAAGCGGCGGUAG